AUGCCGCACAGCCUUACUGGAGAGGAGAUGAUCACGAGAGUGGGCGCAUUCAAGGACGACGAGGGCAAGGUCCACCUCAUACCGGACUCGAGGAUGAGCACCCUCGGGAAGAUGAGCUUGGUGCCAGGAGAGAUGGACAACCCGCCCACGGCGAGGGACGUCAUGGGCCCACUCCUCACCGAGUUCGUCAAGAAGGGGACUGCAGAAGGCCUAGAUUCUCAAAUGCGCGACACGCUUGUAAGGGCGUCACGCACAAGGUCAGGGUCAGCUUCGCCCUGUCCCUGGUCCACCGGCAAAGGGAGCUGCUUCAACCUCGACGUCCUGAGCGACUCGGACCGGGGUACUGACGACGGUCGCUCCUAUAGCUCGGACAGCUCAUCAAGCGAUGAGGGCGACGGCGCCCAGGAGGACAGCGACAAGGAGGUGACCGAGGAGGAGGACAGCGACGUGGAGGAGGUCGACGAGGAGGAUUCGAGCGGCGGUAGCAUGUCGCGGAAGUCCGGGGCAAGGAAGGGGGCGACAGGUACUUCCGCCGGUAGGCCUGCAGCCGCAUCCGCGAGGAAGGCGAGCAAGCAUCCCGGCGCGGCCGCAGACAUCUUGAAUCUCGCGGAGGAUGGCCCUGCAGGGCGCCCUGCUCAGGGAAGCUCUUCUAAGAGCGCCGCAGCAGCAAACAAACAUCCCACCUCAAAGCGCGCUGGAGCAGCCGGUGCGCCAGUGGAUCUGGCUUCAGACAACAGCAAGAAGAAAGAGGGCAGCGCCGACGGGGGAAAGGGCAAGAAAGGCAAGGCCGACGGGGGCAAGGGCAAGAAAGGCAAGGGCGACGGGAGCAAGGCCAAGAAAGGCAAGGGCAAAGCGGCCAAGGACAAGGGCGACAAGGGGCUAAUGCAUGCACGGCUGACCGAGAGCCGUGAGGAUAAAGCAACGCUAGAUACAAUAGCGAAGCGGACUUCGCGCGAGGCCGAGGAGGAGAGGCAGACGGCCUACAAAGCGUUUCUCGAGGCGGAGCGGGUCAGGGGGAGCCGGGCAAAGGCUCUCGAGGCCCGGGCCCACAAAGGGAUCGAGGAGGCGAAGCAGGCGGCGCAGGUCGCGACCAAGGACAAGUCUGACGCCAAGAUGAAACGACUGCAAGCGAAGAAGGAUACCAACGCCAAGACGUCUACCACUACCGCAAGUUCCGACCAUGCGUCAGCAUCUACAGGUUUCAAGCGAAAGGAUGUUACUCCCGCUGCCCCUCCGGUCGGUUCGGACAAGAAGAAAAAGAAACCCAAGAAGAGCAACAAGCCCGACGCCAACGUCCAGAUACCUGGGUUAGACCCGGCACAGGUUGCAGCUCUGAUGCAAAUGAUGCAACGUCUACAAGGCGGGGGGAGCUCCUCGGGAACCGUACGUGACGCGUCAUCCGAAUCGGAUUCGGACUCAGCCUCGGUCGAUUCGACGGCCAACAAGGGACAUCCAGCUGGAUUAGUACGAUAG